CCAGUCAGCUGGCACACCGGUUUGUAAAUAAACAAAGAAAUGCUAACAACUGCUCUGCAACUGCUGGCUGUUGGUUUGCUCUGGGGCGUAACGAAUCCCUUUAUUCGUCUGGGCAGCCAAGGCAUCGAGUCUGUGCCUGAAAAAAAUGUAAUUGCAGAGCUACGGAUGAUUGGCUCGCGUCUACGUUACUGGAUACCAUUUGGGCUAAAUCAAUGUGGCAGCGUGCUCUAUGUGUGGACAUUACAGCAUGCUAAUAUUACAGUAGCUGUGCCCGUGGCGAACUCUUUGAGUUUUGUGUUUACAGCAAUUACAGGCUAUUUGCUGGGCGAGCAAUUGCCUGGCAAAAAAAUAAUAAUUGGGACGCUACUUAUUUGUUGCGGCAGCACACUUAUGAUAUAUGACAAACUGUUGCAGGAACAACAAAGCCAAAGUAUAACAUUCCAAUAGUUGAUUAAUUUCAUUAAAACAUAUUCAAACAAUUGAAAAUGUUAACAUUUUAUUCCCCUAACCAAAAGCUAAGCUGUCUUUAUAACA